AUGGGCUUCAUCACCGGCUUCCUCGGAGGCGUUACCCUCACUACAGGCGUUCUCUACCUCACCAUCUCGCUGCACACACAAAACCGCAUAACACAGGCCGCGCUCUUGAGACAGCAACGCCAAGUCCUCACCGAAUUCUACGAGCCCAAGAAGCCAGAACCGGAGCCCACAAGUCGGGAAGUACCGGUUGGCCUAGCAGAGAUGGCCAAGGACAGGUGGAACAGAAGCCUCGAGGAGGGCGUCAAGAAGGUGUACACGACAGAUUGGAGGAGAGUACGGGAAGAAGCAGAGGACAGGGCGAGUGCCAUAAUGCAGAAGAUCAGGGAGAGCAGCAAAUGA